GGUUUGCAUCAGCAACACGCGUGCGGUGAGCAAUAUGAAAAACUAGUGGAAAGUGAAAAGUUUACCAAGCAAUAGCUGUUUUCUCCGCCCUUGAGUUGCUUGCUAUGGUAAUUGUCUAGAGGCGUGUGUAGGCAGUAGAUUUCGCAUUAGUAUCAUCAUAAAAAAGUGCUCAAAAAUGUAUUCCCUAAAACCGGUGAUGAACCCGAACGUCGUAUGUGAGGUUCCUUCCUGCAUGUACACCCUGAAGCCGGUCCGUACGUUUUCAUUCGAUCCGAAAGCGUUCACCGAUAACAAGACUGGAAGUGCCGGAGUUACCGUCGAUCCGAUGUCGAUCGAAAUUGAUAAUUUACUGCAAAAGGCAGAGAACGACGAGCUAAGAAUGUUGGCAGAAAGACAGCAACGUGUCUUGCAGCAGCUGGCGGAACUGAAGAAUGAGAUCCUAUCAUUGCGCACCGAACUGAAACUGAACGCUAAAGCACCUGUACAACCGUCCACUCCACUGAAGUCUAAAGCUGAACUGAAGGCUGAGCCCAUUAAUCUCACCUAUCUGCAGGAUUUCGUGGUUAAUGCUAGUCCCGAAUACGUUCCCUACAGCUUGCUGGCGCUCAAGAAUUUGUGGAAAAAUAGGCUUAAUUUGCAUGUGGAAUGCUUCACCCAUUCUACUGUACCAAAGUUGAGUGACGAAGCGCUAACUUUCCAAAAUGCUAUUAAAAACAGCGAAUCGGUGGCAUCCAACCUUCCGCAGAUCAAAGUGACGUUAAUUUGGAAGAAUGUUGGAGCGUACACGGAAAUGAUUACAUCACCCACGUCUUACGUACCGAUUUGUGGUGAGGUGAACAUUCUUCGCUACCUGUCACGCUGUGGUCCGCGCGAGUUCAACUACGAACAGCAGGACAACGUGGAUGAAGUUGACUCCAUCCUGGAUGCGUGUUAUCUGCUGCUCAAUAAACAAAAUAUUAAGCAGCGUCAACAGAUCCUACGAACGCUUGGUUCCAAGCUGGGCAAAGCUGCCGGUUUUGGUGGUGGAGAGCUGUCCCUGUGCGACAUUGCGUUUACUAGCGCGGUAAAACAGGUGCAGCGUACGAUUGCGAAGGAUAUCAACCCGAACAUGGCAAAGUGUAUGGGACGUGUCGCGACUGUGGUGGGUCUGUAAAAAGAUCCGCACGCUUUCGGCGUGCCAUCUACCGUGUGGAAAUGUGUUCGUAAGUGUUAAUCUCCCUUUGAUUCAAUAUUUAUUCUCUUUGCAUUUGAUUUUCGUGCUUUUGUAGCACUGCGUCACAUGCAACCGGGCAGAAAACGAUAAUUUAGCGAAGGGAUAUGGCUAAAGGAAAGUAGCUCGAUAACAGCAGAUAAUAAAUUAAUCAUUUUUAUUGGAAACGAUCGUUAGAAACAUUCUCACAACUAUAAAUAAUGUUUUGCUAAAAUUUA